AGAGAGAGAAGCCCUCGGGGCCCCUCUCCAACCGGGAAGGGCCCGCCAUGAACAAGUCGGAGAUGGCGGACGAAGCGCUCUUCCUGUUGUUGCACAACGAGAUGGUUUCCGGGCUGUACCGCGCCGCGGAACAAGGGGACGGGGAAAAUGGACGAUGCAUCACAAAACUGGAGAACAUGGGAUUUAGAGUGGGACAGGGGUUAAUAGAAAGGUUUACCAAAGAUACUGCCAGAUUUAAGGAUGAAUUAGAUAUAAUGAAGUUUAUUUGCAAAGAUUUUUGGACUACUGUUUUCAAAAAGCAAAUUGAUAACCUCAGGACCAACCAUCAGGGCAUCUAUGUACUUCAGGACAACAAAUUCCGUCUCCUGACUCAAAUGUCUGCUGGUAAACAGUAUUUGGAACAUGCACCUAAGUAUUUGGCAUUUACUUGUGGAUUGAUCAGAGGUGCUUUAUCAAAUUUGGGAAUAAAGAGUAUCGUGACAGCAGAAGUUUCAGCAAUGCCUGCAUGUAAAUUUCAGGUGAUGAUACAGAAGAUUUAGAAAAUGUGUUGAAGAAAACACCUGCCCUGUAAUAUCUUUAAAUUGUAUAUUUAUUUAUAAUUGCAGGUUAAUGCAGAUGCUGUGUCUAUGUG